AUGGACGCAUCCAUGGGAGCGGUCGAAGAAGGUAAGUGGUUCCAACGUGCAGACACGUUUUGGUAAAGGGAAAGGCUGACAUGUAUCCAUAGGAGCUCAUGCCUUUGGAACUGACAUCCAUAUUACUAAGGAUGGAGUUUGUGGUGAUACUUUGGUCAAGUCAAGAAACCGGUUGGCCUGAAACUUUGGUAAGCUCCCCAGCUCGCAGACUUUACUCUUAACUUCACAAACUAAUAAUGUAUUCAGUCGCCCUCCGUUCCCUCCCUAUACUCCUAUCACCACCUUAGCCACCGACCGUGGUCGAGAAGCGACAAGGCUUCAUGGGUUUGAGAGAGCCCACCGUCCAUUACACACCGGUGAGGCUGGUGAGCGUCCUGACUGAGACUCUCUUCUCACCUCUGUCCAUACAUUCGGUAAUGAAGUUGAGGAUAUCAGGAUUGGCGAGGAGAUGGAAGCAAUAGAUAGGGAUAAUCGAUUUUUGGUUCCAAGAGAGGUUGUCUUGUCGGUGUGUGGAGAGAGAAUUUCGUGGUGUAAGUAUAGCAGAGCGGAUCAAAUAAUCCCCAUUCUUCAACUCAUGGCUAAAGAUUUAUGUGACUUUUGACAUGUGUGUCCGCAAUGACAUUAAACUAUAACCAUCUCGCAGAUCAGCGAAUACAUCGUCAUCAAUACCAGGCCAGAUAUAUCUUGGCUUGCUGGGCUGGGGUCUGAAGGUAAGAAACUCUUUCCUCUCCCAUAAACUUGUGUGAAUACUUACAGGUACAACCCGAACAGAACUCCAGCCCAGCUAAGUCUUGAACGUGUUCAUGAACAGAAUCGCCUAGAUAUCUCUGGGCUGGGGAUCUCCAGUAAGAAUCUUCUUCCCCCUGGAUGAAGUUUUGUAUAUGCUGACAGUUGUGAUUCGAAAGGAGCUCCAGCUCAGCUAAGCCUUGAACGUGUUCAUGAGCAGAAUCGCCUGAACACUUCAAACAAAGAUUACUUAGCUGAGCUAAUCCCCGGCCCGGAGAAUCUCAUCCUCACAGCAGCUAUUACAACUGUCUCGACGACCCCUUGA